AUGACCUCCACUGGCGUCCAAGUUGUCGCGCCAACGAAGAUCGGUCCUUACACCAUACGUGGCACAGUAGGUGAGGGAGCAUUUUCUGUGGUAAAGUUAGCGUAUAAUGAAGAAAAACAGCAAUAUUAUGCUUGCAAAAUAGUUCCCAAAUCUAGACUUUCGACACACCACUUGGAAAAAAGGUUUGAACUUGAAAUUAGAAUUAACCAGCAAAUGCACCACCCAGGUAUUGUCGGAAUGAUAGACAUUUUGAAGGACAAAUUAAAUUAUUACGUAAUUAUGGAAUUCUGUCCAAAUGGAGAGCUAUUCCAGUAUAUUGUAGAUCAUGGACGUCUGAAAGAGGACGAAGCCCGUCCGAAAAUAAGAGAACUUCUUAAAACGUUAGAUUAUAUUCAUCACAUGGGAGUCACUCACCGUGAUUUGAAACCAGAAAAUAUUUUACUAGAUAAGUUCGGUCAGCUUAAAGUAUCAGAUUUUGGUCUCUCUCGCUUCCUUGACUCCAAAGGUCUUGCAUCAACCCCUUGUGGUUCUCCAUGCUAUGCUUCCCCUGAGUGCAUCAGUGGAAAGCCAUACGAUGGAAUUACAAGUGACGUAUGGUCUUCCGGCGUUAUUUUGUACGCAAUGGUUACAGGACAGCUUCCAUGGACAAAGAGAAACCAAACUCAACUUUUCGAACAAAUUAGACACGGAGAAUAUACAAUACCAUCAUAUUUAUCUUAUCAGUGUACAGAUUUCAUCAGAGGUUUGAUGACCGUAGAUAAUAAAAAGCGGUUGACAAUUCCUCAAGCCCUUAAGCAUCCAUUCUUGAGUGAUACCCAACAGGUUGAACUCCAUGAUGUAGAUGCUUCCCAGUACAUCUCUUUAAGAAGAGUCGACGACUUUUUCGACAUUGAUAUCAGUUGCUCUAGUAUCCCAACUGGCUAUAGGAAGACAGAUAACUUAUCCGCAGCGCUUCUUAACUACGAACAAUCUUCGAAUAUCAUCCAAGGCAAAUCUUCAACAAGAGUUCGCUUACGGCCAGCCAAAUUUGCUCGUAAUGCUCGCCUUAUUAGAACAAACGAGGAUCAGAAAGAUUUAAUCAUACAUUCAGUCAGAAGAUCUUCAAUAAUGGAAUCAACAGAUGAACCGGAGCCAAAGUCUUCCGCUUCGUCAAGAGCAGCAGCUGCUACAGAGAUUACUUCUAAAAGACAUUCUACAGGUUUCAAGAAAGUUAUUUCUAUCCCAGAAGAGCCACCAAAGAGGAAGGCGGCUCCAAGAAAAUCAGCUGAUAAUACAGAACAAUACGAAGCUAAACCUCGUGCAGUUGCUAAAAGAAUUGCACGUCCAAAACCGGUGAAAUUGUAA